CUUUUCUCCCAAUGCAAAUGUCGAUCCGUACAGCAUCCAUGGCGUUAUGUCGGAAAUUUCGUAGUUUUUUCAGGAACUGAAAACUAGCGAACGCUGAGAAGUCACUAUAUUAAUUCAUGGUAAAAAUUCUGAGCUCAUGCAAAAUGUAGAAGGGAUACCAACCUAAUAAAGUAGUUUUCAGUCAUGCAAAUCUGAAGAACGGAUGUCCUGCAGUUCCGUCGUCCUCGCAUUUCCACCAUGAGCAAGUCCUCCACCGUGUUUUACACCGUAGAAGUGGGAGAUACAAAAUUCACCAUCCUGAAGCGUUAUCAAAAUUUGAAGCCUAUUGGCUCUGGGGCACAAGGAAUCGUCUGUGCCGCUUUCGACACGGUGACGGAACAGAAUGUGGCAAUCAAGAAACUCAGUCGCCCCUUUCAAAAUGUCACGCAUGCGAAGAGGGCUUACAGAGAAUUCAAGCUGAUGAAGCUUGUCAAUCAUAAAAAUAUAAUUGGCCUUCUUAAUGCAUUUACACCACAGAAAACGAUGGAAGAAUUCCAGGACGUAUACCUGGUGAUGGAACUUAUGGAUGCAAAUUUGUGCCAAGUUAUACAAAUGGACCUGGAUCAUGAGAGAAUGUCGUAUCUUUUAUAUCAAAUGUUGUGCGGGAUUAAACAUUUGCAUUCUGCCGGGAUCAUUCAUAGGGACUUAAAGCCCAGUAACAUAGUAGUGAAAGCAGACUGUACGUUAAAGAUCUUGGACUUUGGCCUGGCUCGAACGGCUGGGACAACGUUCAUGAUGACGCCAUAUGUUGUGACCAGAUAUUACAGAGCUCCUGAAGUCAUUUUGGGAAUGGGUUAUAAGGAAAAUGUGGAUAUCUGGUCAGUGGGAUGCAUUAUGGGAGAAAUGAUCAGAGGGACCGUCUUGUUUCCCGGCAAUGACCACAUUGAUCAAUGGAAUAAAAUAAUCGAGCAACUAGGAACUCCAUCACAGGAGUUCAUGAGAAGAUUACAACUCACAGUCCGUAAUUAUGUAGAAAAUAGGCCCAAGUAUGCUGGAUACACAUUUGAGAGGCUUUUCCCAGAUUUGCUCUUUCCGGCUGACAGCUCCGAACAUAAUCGAUUGAAAGCGAGUCAGGCACGCGACUUGUUAUCGAAGAUGCUCGUCAUUGACCCGGAGAGGAGGAUAUCUGUGGAAGAAGCUCUGCUCCAUCCUUACAUUAAUGUGUGGUACGAAGAAAGUGAAGUCAAUGCUCCAGCACCUGGUCCGUACGACCAUUCUGUUGAUGAAAGAGAACACACUGUUGAGCAGUGGAAAGAACUUAUCUACCAUGAAGUUCUGGAAUAUGAGCAGACACACAAUACCUUAGGUUUAGGCCGUCCACUGACUGCUCAUCAUAACUCCGCCGAGGCUGAUGCAAUAGAAGAGGAUUGUGCUGAUGAUGUCUCCAGUCAAGCCUCCAAUGGGCCUUCGAACUCGUACGGUCAUCGUAGAUAGACAUAUUCUUCUCUCCCUUGUCUUAGUCUUUGACUGCCAUACCCACCGUACGUAGGGUUCUGUACAAAACUAGUCGCCAGUGGAGAAAACUCCGUCUUCAAUCCUGCCGGUGGACGUCGGAGGCUCGAGUCAUAGCUCUCCGUUCAUUUAGCCAGGACUGGAUCUUUGCGACCACGGUGACGAAUGCGGCACGCCUGUAUACAUAGAAAUCGGCCAUGUCAGAAAAGCCUCCUUGUCAUCGAAGUCUGGAAGAAGUUUUUAUAGUUGUCCUGCCUGCCGUGCCGGAGAAGCUUCCUCAGUAUUAAAGUUGGGGAAAAAUCUUCAGCGCUGUGUGGGAAGCACACCAGAGAAGCCUCCUCGGCAUUCCAGUCGGGAAGAAACCAUCAUUGGUGUUUGAGUGGCAAUACCUGAGAAGCCUCCUCAGUAUUAUAGUCGGGAAGACAACUUCAUUGUUGUCCAGCCAGCCAUGUCAGAGAAGUCUUCUUGGCAUUUGGGUUGGAAAGAAAUCUUGAUGGUUGUCCAACUAGUCAUGCCAGAGAAGCUUCCUCAGCAUUCGGGUUAGGAAGAAAUCUUGAUGGUUCAUCUGUCAGUCAUCUUGUAGAAAGCUUGUUGGCAUUCAAAGUAGGAAGAAAUCUUUGUUGUUGUCCAUGCAAAAUUAUCCUCAUUCAUGCGCCCACAUUCCGACCAUAUAAGCGUGCCGCAUUGCAGAUCAACGCCAAUUUCGCUAUUAGUAGGGGGUCCUUGUAGGAGGUCGUUCUUAAAAUUCAAUCGCCUCUCGUCAUGACCUUAAGGGAUGGCCAUGCUAAUUGCGAAAUGUCGUCAGUGUGUCUUCAGAACCGAAGAAUUCUGGACUCGGGGGAAGGAGAAGAAAAUCCUGCAUGGCUUAUAAUAGCUCAUUUCAGCUGGCAGGUUACAAUUGCAUCUGUGGCAUGUUUUAUUCAAAAAACAAAAAAAUAUUUAUUUUGUUGUGUUUUUCAUUUAAAUAAAAUGUCUGUUUU